AUGGCUAUCCCAAAAAUGCUUUACAUGGCGUGUUGGUUUCUUGGUGCGUCCGUACAAAGCGCAGUGUUCUUCAGUUUCAAUGCUGUGGAUUAUUUUAAUUUUUUCUUUCCUAAACACUACAAGCCCGAAGUUUAUGUUGCCGUUACCGUUGGAGUUGCUGCGAGUGCUGGCGCUAUUUUGACUGUCGUUUUUCCACCUCGAGGAAAGCAUUUCACUGUCUUACUAUUGACUCAGGUAAUCUCCGCCAUUUUACUCGUUGUUGUAGUUAUUUUAACCCCCCUGGAAAACAUGUCUACCCCACUUCGCUUCGGACUUAUCCUUGCAGUUAUAUUCCUAGCAGCUAUAAUACAAAACGUCGGCGGAGGAGCGCUAUAUGACUUCGUGGGAAACCAUUUUCCUAGUUUCGGAGUACAUGCAGCCCAGUCUGGUGGGGUGUGUGCCUUUGCAGCUACUUUUGUCAUCCGCUGUGUGUCGAAAGGAUCAUUUGAGCAUCUGCAAGACAGAAAACGAGGAUUUCGACUAAGCGGUUAUCUUUUUGUCGCUUUAGUAGACCUAAUUAUUAUCAUCGCUUGCUUCCUGAUGAUUGUGUUGAGAAAUUACACCAAGGCUGAAUACGCAAGGCGAUUGGCUGCGGUGAAUCAAAACCAUGAAAGGCCGGGUGAACACACGCCACUUCUUAGCAGCACCGAAGCAACUAUGAACUUGUCUCGUCGUCAAAUCAUAAAACAUAACUUCCCCGCACUUGCUACCGUUGCUUUGAGUUUGGUCAUCUCAAAUGCUUUAUUUCCCGGAAUUACAUCACAAUUUCAUGGAAACCAUAACUGUUCAUCCACUAACCACCGUUCUGUAAACUUCACGUUUUCCGACAAUCUCACCACUACCUCCCAACCCACAACAACUCCACCCCCUGAUAGUGAAACAACUGGCUGGUUUAUUGUCAUUCUUUUUGGUUGUUUCUCCGUUGCUGACGCCAUUGGUAAAAACUUGCCAAUAGUUGGUAUAAUAUACAGCAAAAGGACGGUGAUAUUCAACUGUUUUGUUCAACUAGUCAUUGCAAUACCAAUUCUUCUUAUCUAUUUUAAACCAUGUGUGUCAGGCUUGCAGGCUGACUGGGUGGCUUACCUUACAGUCGGGCUGCUAGGGUUGGUCAAUGGCUAUGGUUUGUGUGCAGCCAUGAUGCUUCUUGCCCCAGGAAUUCCUGGGAAGAAAUAUGAGGAGGGGUUGGCGUCUAGUAUUGGUUACAUGUUUUUACAAACUGGGAUUUUGCUUGGCACAGGAACUGAUGUGUUUUUAGUUGAUUACGUGUUUGAAGUAACUAAUUGA